ACUGGCUUGACCUGUUGGUGCUACACGCAUGUCUAUAAAAUAAGCGCGGCACAGGUGCUCAUGCAUCAGUCGCCUUCUUUGCAGACCUGGCCACACACAGCGUGCACUCUGCCAGCCAUGUCUCAACAACUGAGCCAACCCAAGCCCUUCACUAUGACCACCAUGACGUCCAUGUCAAACCAGUGGAGCUCGGGCAUUUGCGACUGCUUCCAGGAUUUGACUUUUUGUUGUUUCGCCUGCUGGUGCCUUCCGUGCUUCACGUGUAAAACGUCAGUGGAUGCCGGAGAGUGUCUCUGUCUACCGCUGCUGGACACCUUUGGGAUCAUCCCGCCCAUAACCACCGCCCUGAGGGUGUCUGUACGUCAGCGCUACAAUAUCGAGGGUACAGUGUGCAACGAUUGCGUGUACGCUUGUUGCUGCGGGCCAUGCUCAUGGUGCCAAAUAGCCCGAGAGAUGCAAGUCAGAAGGAAUCCCAUAACAUUUGUCAACAUGGCCGACUGAAGGAAAGGAAGAAGGAGAAAAAACCGCCCCCAAGCCAAUUAUUUCGACGCCAUCUUGAAGCCAAAGGCACUGUGUGUCCAUUUCCUUCAGUGCAAGACACUGACAAGAUCUGGGAUUGCCUCUCUUGGAAUGCCACAGAGCAGCUUAUUAAAGUUUGGAACAUAUUUAACAACUAUAUGGCAUGAGAAACUUGACCUCUGUGACAUUGCUAGAGUCCUUCGUAAAUAUUAUCAAGCUUUUGUACACUAAGCCAUAUGUGUCCUAAACCUAAAAAUAUAAAUAAACAAAACAAGAAAACUACAAAAAACAACAGCAAAAAAAAAAAAAGACAGGGAAUACAUUGAAAUGUUGGUAUUACUCCCACAAAGCUGAGCUCCAGACGGUUUUAAAUGUAACCUAAGUCUGAGUGGCUUUUAGACUUACUGUAACCGGUAAUAAUUUGUGAAUACAAACGUACAAUAGCAUUUGCUUAGGCAAAUAUUUUUGAUUAUGUGUUUUACUUACAGAUUGACGGAUAAUUUGCUUUGAAAUCAUAAGUCAAGGUGACCUGCGACAUAUUAGGUAUUUAUGUUUGAUAACAUGCAGUACAUUUUUCUUUCAAAAUUGAUAGAACAAAUACAUUUAACCAGAAAGUGCAUUCCGUCUUAUUUUCAUUUAUUUGAUCAUUUCAUUUUUAUAUUUAUGGGGGCUGGUCACAUUAAAUCAGGGGUGUCAAACGUACGACCGGAUCAGGCCCGCGAACAGGUUUUAUCCGUCCCGCGGGAUGAUUUUGCCAACUAUAAGAAUUAAAGGCCUACUAAAAUGAGAUUUUCUUAUUCAAACGGUCAUAGCAGGUCCGUUCUAUGUGUCAUACUUGAUCAUUUCGCGAUAUUGCCAUAUUUUUGCUGAAAGAAUUUAGUGGAGAACAUCCAUGAUAAAGUUUGCAACUUUCGGUGCUCAGAGAAAAGCCUUGCCUCUACCGGAAGUCGCAGACGAUGAUGUCGCAAGUGUGGGGGCUCCUCACAUAUUCACAUUGUUUAUAAUGAGGAGCCUCCAACAAAAAGUGCUAUUCGGACCGAGAAAACAACAAUUUUCCAAUUAAUUUGAGCGAGGAGGAAAGAUUUGUGUUUGAGGAUAUUGAUAGCGACGACUAGAUUGCAUUGGGAUUCCGAUGUUUUUAGACACAUUUAGUAGGAUAAUUCUGGGAAAUCCCUUAUCUUUCUAUUGUGUUGCUAGUGAGUUAAAUAGUACCUGAUAGUCGGAGGUGUACGUCCACGGGUGUCUUGACGCGCAGUGUCUCAGGGGAGUCGACGGCAGCUAUGGACGGGGCAAGCUCAGCUUUUCUCUGGUAAGAAGCGACUUUUUAACCACAAUUUUCUCACCGAAACCUGCUGUUUGCCAUUCUGUCGUGUUUUAUGUUCGCUUGACCGCGCUCUGAUCCAUAGUAAAUUUUCACCUCCAGGAAUUUUAAACAAGGAAUCACCGUGUGUUUGUGUGGCUAAAGGCUAAAGCUUCCCAACUCCAUCUUUCUACUUUGACUCCUCCAAUAUUAAUUGAACAAAUUGCAAAAGAUUCAGCAACACAGUUCUCCAAAAUACUGUGUAAUUAUGCCGUUAAAGCAGACGACAUUUAGCUGUGUGUGUGCGCAGCGCUCAUACUUCCUAAAAAGCUGUGACGUCUUGCGUACACGUCAUCAUUACACAACGUUUUCAAGACGAAACUCCCGGGAAAUUUAAAAUUGCAAUUUAGUAAACUAAAAAGGCCGUAUUGGCAUGUGUUGCAAUGUUAAUAUUUCAUCAUUGAUAUAUAAACUAUCAGACUGCGUGGUCGGUAGUAGUGGGUUUCAGUAGGCCUUUAACCGGAUUUUUUUGAAUGAAAGAAACAGCUGUUCUAAAUGUGUCCACUGGAUGUCGUGAUAGCAAUUCUUUGUAUCUUUGUAGGUGAUGCUAGAUAUGUACAAAAUAAACCACAUGAUGUUAGUACAUCAGUCGAGAAAAAUUAGCAAACUACAUAACUAACAAACUGUAAUUUGAUUUUGAUAUAAUUUUUUAUCUUGAUAGAUUGAAAAUUAACUGACUGUUGAACAUUAUCACAUAAUAUUUCAGAAAGUAUGAAUGACGAAAAAUAAAAGGUAGAAUAUUAGAUUAACCGCAACAGUUAAGUGUAAAAAAAACAACAACCCAACAUUAUAAUUCGUACAAUUUUAGAAUGUGCUUGUUCUAUUUUUAAACAAAGAAAACACUCUAAAGUUGUCUUUAUUUUUAAGUUACCGUGCCGUGAUUUUACCAGUUUGGCCCACUUGGGUGUAGAUUAUUUUCCAUGUGAUCCCCGAUCUAAAAUUAGUUUAACACCCCUGCAUUAAAUAAUUUAGAGGGUCACUUUAAUGAUUAAGAAGCUCACUUUAAUGAUUUGGCAUGCCAGAUCUGGCAUGCCUUUGAGUUUGAAAACUGUGCUUUAAAGCUUUGAUGUGCAACUCGCAUGGUAGUUUCUAAUGACAUGCUAAAUUACUAUGUUGCUUUUGUUAUAUAGGGGUCCCUAAUCAAUAGCUUUGCUUUGGGCCCCGAAAUGACUAAAUACGCCCCUGGUUAACAGCCACAGGUGAGAGUACUUGAUCUGCAAAGAAAAGUUUGAAACUGUACUGGGCUCAUAUAUACCAAAUAAACUAACCAUUAAAACAUU